AGUUGUUGCGAAUUUUUUAUCCAGAAAAUGAUUAUGCGAGUUUUACUUUUCCUUCCAAUUAUUGUUCUCGCCGAGGCUUGCGUGCCCGGGAUAAAGUUGGAACGAGGGCAAGUGUAAGGCUUCACCCUCUCGUGCUCGGCCGCUGGAGUGGAGUUAUUACAGCAGCACAUGAAGACAGCCUGGGGCUCGUCCUGCCUACCGCGCCCUCCACCUCGCCUCCCUCAGAUGGCCGCGCCGUCAGGGCGUCAUGAGGCACGGCCCGUGACCUGCCUGGCCGCUGCCACGCCCCUCACGCCGCACCGACACAACUUUCAGCCCAACAAACCAAGAAAGUGAUUUACGUCCACAGCAAAACUCCGUAGAAGUUUUCGCCGUCUUCAUCGUCAUGUUUUCCUUCAUUAGCAUCAUGUUCAUUAUCAUUUGCCUCAUCAAUCAGUUGCACUCUGAAAAGUGUUCGUAACACAUGUUACGUGGGCGUUAGAUAAGACAUGCAACGGAGUCAACUGAAAAGGAAAUCUUUCAUUCUUUCAUUAAAGUUUUUUUUGAAAAUCGUGGUUUUGAUUACAGCUAAGGGAGUCACAAGUACAGCACUGUUUGUUCUGGAGAGAGACAUUUUCUGUGGAGCAUUACGCAUAACCAAGCGGUGGCGGCGACGAGCGUGACGGGGUCGCGGGGGGCGUGGUGCUGCCCGCCCCAACACACUAGUGUGUUCAUCCCGGGGAGGGCGAGUGUUUAUGGCCCGGGUGGAUGCAUGAUAACGAGGGGUGGUGGUGGUGGCGGCGGCGGUGGAGGGAGGGGCUGGGAGGGGCCAAGGUGGCGUGGGCUGGACCGCCAGGCAGCAGUUGAUCGUUUGGUCGCAGAGUGGUCGCACGGAACGCACGGGACACCCCACACGAGGAGCGGGGCCCCACCACACUGUGUCGCAACUCACGGCGAGGUGACGAUGCUCGUGGUGCUGAGGAGCUGUGCGCUGCUGACGGAGUAGCAAAGUGACGCAAUGAGCGAUAAAAGACAAUCGGGCCCGCCGGACGGCGGACCCCCGGAGCGAGGUGGCAGACCUCGCUACGGCACGCAGGUGUUUGACUCUAAGGCCGUCAAGGGCUCCCGGAUGGCCCAGCAAGGUGGUGACACUGGCGGCCCAGAGCCUGUGGGAGGGCGGCGCGGCCAGCCGUCGGCUGCAAAUAUGCCUUCUGCCGGCCCCGACGUGGCCACAAUAGGCGGAUUGCCCAUCACCCAGACGUCGACGGGACGCGGCCGCCAAGGCAACGCGGGCGGCGGCAGGCGCGGCAGCCUGGACAAUGGACGCCAAGGCGAGAAUGGGAAGGGCGGGCGACGCCGCGGCAGCAUCGACAGUGGUGACCAGGACAAAGGGAAGGACACGGAUGACGGCAUGGGCGGCAGCGAGUCCGGGCAGAGUCAGGAUCAGGAGGCGCUGAUUCAGAAGCAGCGAAGCAGAGUGAUGCUGCUGAGCACCAAGGGCGACUGGCCGGCCCUCGACCAUGCCCUCAAGGUGCUGGAGCGAUUCGUGCCUGAGCAGCUCUCCGGCAGCAGCUCACAGACGUCUUACCAGCCCCUCAAGGACCUGGCGGACGAGACGACGGGCUACACGCCGCUCAUGUACGCCGCCCGGGAGAACAAGCCGGCCUUCGUGGACCGGCUGGCUGACCUCGGCUGUAACCCCAACGACAAGAACAAGGAGGGGUUCGCCGCCGUUCACCUGGCCGCUAUGUACAGCCGGGAGGAAACCAUCCGUCACCUGGUGCAGAAGAAGGCCGACAUCAACGCAGCAGGAGGGUCCCGCGAACAGACGGCGGCGCACCUGGUGGCCAACCGCAGCACUGGGGCGGCGGUGGCACUCAUCAAGACGGUCCUUAUGCACGCCAAGCAGGACCUCAGACUCACCAAGGACAACCGCGGCGACAUCCCGCUGUUCCUGGCCGUGGACGCGAGCCAUCAGGGGCUGGUGCGGGAGCUGGUCUUCCACCACGGCCCCGAGCAGGUGAAGUCGGUGCGCGCCAACACCAGGGACACGGUGCUGCACGUGGCCUGCAGGAAGAAAGACACGGACAUGGUCAAGGUCCUCGUGGAUGCCGGGGCCAGCACGGACGCCCAAAAUGCCGCAGGACAGACGCCGCUCCACAUUGCCGCCGAGGAGGGGGACGAGGCCACCGUCAAAUUCUUCUACUCUGUCCACGCCAACCCAAACAUUACGGACAAGUUUGACCGCACGCCCAUCCACGUGGCUGCCGAGAACGGGUUCACGCCGGUGGUGGACCUGCUGGCCGAGAAGUUCAAGGCCUCUGUGAUGGACCGCACCAAGGACGGGUCCACGCUGGUACACAUCGCCUCGCUGCACGGCCACCCCGACACCGUCAUGGCCUUCCUCAGGAAAGGCGUGCCCCUCCACAUGCCCAACAAGAUGGGCGCGCGGUGCAUCCACACAGCGGCGCAGCGUGGCCACGUGGGCGUGGUGAACGCCAUCCUGCACAAGGGCGAGCACGUGGACGUCACCACCAAUGACGGGUUCUCGGCCCUGCACAUAGCGGUGAAGUCAGGCAAGCCGGCCAUGGUGGAGGCACUGCUGGGCCACGGCGCUAACCUGACCAUGCAAGGCGGCGCGGCGCGGGAGUCGGCGCUGCACUUGGCCGCGCGUGUCAAGGACGGGGAGAAGUGCGCCGAGAUGCUGCUCAAAUCCGGUGCCGACGCCAACCUACCCAAGGACGACGGGCAGACGCCGCUCCACCUGGCGGCCCACAACGGCAACCUCAAGACCCUCAAGCUGCUGUUGGAGGACGACAACGCCAAGCCACUGCUGCAGUCCAAGUCCGGGGAGUCGCCGCUGCACCUGGCCUGCCUGUCCUGCCGCGUGGAGGCCGCCAAGAUGCUGCUGGACCACGUCACGCGGAAGAGCGGCAAAGAGGCGGUGGAGAAGCUGGUCAACGCCAAGAAUCACGCGGGAGAGACGGCGCUGCACUACGCCGCGCGCGUCAACAAGCAAAACGCCAACUACAAGGCGGGCGACGACCGGGAGAUGGCGAACCUGCUGCUGACCAACGGCGCCCAGCUGAUGGUGGCCACCGCCAAGACUUCGGAGACGCCCAUCCACUACGUGGCCACGUCAGGCAACGAGGCGGUGCUGGACGAGAUGCUGAGGUUCACUCCGCCUGACAAGAUUCAGAAGCUGGUCAACAUGCAGUCGUCACGCGGGUGGUCGCCUCUGCUGAACGCUGCCGAUAACGGCCACGAGGGCAUCGUGUCCACUCUACUGGACAACCAGGCGAGGGUCGACGUGUUUGACAGCGAGGGCAAGGCCGCGCUCCACCUGGCAGCAGAGCACGGCUACAAGCUGGUGUGCAAUGCCCUGCUGUUACACAAAGCCUUCAUCAACGCACGCACUAUGUCGGGCCUGACAGCACUGCACCUGGCCGCCAUGAAAGGCUACAACGAGCUUGUGUUCUCGCUCAUCACGCAGCACCACUCCCAGAAGGACGCCCUCACUCUGAAAAAACAAACGCCACUGCACCUGGCGGCCGAGGCGGGGCAGCUGGAGGUGUGCGACACGCUGCUGCAGCUCGGCGCCGACACCAACGCCACCAACGACGCGGGGCAGAAGGCGGUGCACGUGGCGGCGAUGCGCAACAACUCCGAGGUGGUGAAGCUCUUCCUCAAGACCUCCCCGGAGCUGGUCACCACCGCUGACAAGGACGGCAACACGUGUGCGCACAUCGCGGCGCAGCAGGGCUCCGUGGACGUCGUGCGGGAGCUGAUGCGUCACAACCGCGGCGUGGUCAUCAACGGCAAGAACCGCGUCGGGGAGUCAUCGCCCCUCCAUCUGGCGGCGGAGGGCGGCCACGCCACACUCGUCAAGUUCCUAGUGGAAAACGGGGCAUCACCGAAAGCUGAGAAUGGCAUGGGGUUCACGGCGGUACACUUGGCAGCCAGGUACGGCCACAGCCAGGUGCUGGACACACUGAGAGAAGUAACCAGCCUCAGGAUCACCAGCAAAAAACUUGGCCUCUACGCCCUCCACGUAGCCGCCCACUACGGCCAGCCAGAGAUGGUUCGAGAACUGCUGGCACACAUUCCUGCCACCAUUAAGUCAGAGCCGCCCAUCCUGAGCGGUGGCCGCCCCUUUCUUCCGGACCUGGGCGCGGAGGCAGACCUUACGCCCCUCCACUUGGCGGCUCACGAGGGCAACGAGGGCGUGGUCCGCAUCCUCCUCAACAUCCCGGGCGUGCAGGCUGACGGCACCUCGCGCCUCAACAGCUACAUCCCGCUGCACCUGGCCUGCAUAGGGGGCCACACCUCCGUCGUCGGCCUCCUCCUCUCUAAGUCAGCCAAGCAGGUGUCCAAGGUAGACAAGCGAGGGCGAACUGGCCUCCACCUCGCGGCCAUGCGGGGCCACUACCACCUCGUGGCACUGCUGAUGGGCCAAGGUGCCGAGCUGGGAGCCAAGGACAGGGAUGGCCUGACGCCCCUCCACUACUGCGCUCGGGCUGGACACUUGGAAGUGGUGAAGCUGCUGGUGGAGGCCGGGGCGUCGCCUGGGGACAAAUCCGUCGAAGGCAAGACGCCCAUCGUGUUGGCCGUGGCGAGCGAGCACGUGGACGUGUACAACUACCUCAUUAACAAGAAACAUGACUCGUACAAACUUCUCGAAGAUAAAAAGUUCGUUCAUGACCUGACGCUGAUGAGCAAGAAGCACAACAACAGCCCCUUGGAGGAGUACAUCCUGCUGUCCCCGGCGCCCGUCGACCUGGCCACCAAGCUGGCCCACACGCUCCUCAACCUCUCAGACAAGGAAAAGGAGAGCAGCAAGGACCUGCUGGAGGCGUCGCGGUACAGCGAGAACCUGGCCACGGAGCUGGUGGCCAUCUCCGCUGCCAGUUCCUCGCCGGGGCUCAUCCUCAGGGCCGUCGACAACAGGAACGUGGUGCUGCUCGACUCCCUCAUCGAGCACGAGCAGAAAGAGGUGAUCGCCCACCCCGCCGUGCAGCGGUACUUGACGGACGUGUGGAUGGGCAGCCUGGACUGGCCCGGCUGGAAGGUCAUCAUCAUGUUCCUCGCCUUCCUCUUCCUCCCGCCUGUUUGGAUCUUCUUCAGCAUGCCUCUGGGCCACAUGUACAACGAGGUCCCUCUGGUGAAGUUCAUCGCCUACCUCGUCUCCCACGUGUACAUGCUGGUGCUGAUGAUCAUAACGGUGGUGACGCCACUACGACCCAUCUGGGAAAACACAAGCAUGAUCCCCAACUGGUAUGAGUGGAUGCUGCUGCUGUGGCUGAGCGGGAACCUCGUGAUGGAGCUGACGAACCCCGGAGACAUCGCUGGCCUGGGCUGGAUCAAGGUGUUCGUGUUGGUCUUCAGUGGCCUGGGCGUCCUCGUGCACCUAGUGGGCUUGUUCUACUUGGGGAACCAAGAGCUGCUAUUCGAGAUGUUGUACAUUAGAAACAACCUGCUGGCCAUCGCACUGCUGCUGGCGUCGGUGCAGCUCCUGGACUUCCUGUCGUUCCAUCACCUCUUCGGGCCCUGGGCAGUUAUCAUCGGCAAGCUGAUGGUGGACUUGGGUCGCUUCCUCGUCAUUCUCCUCAUCUUUGUGUUUGGCUUUUCAAUGUACGUGGCUGCCAUCUACAACCCACUGCGGCCCAUCUACUCGGACGUUAACAACUUGACUGAGGUCUCCGAUAGCUCAGGCUACCCCCCUGCAGAGGCGCCGGUGCAGGGCCCUUUUCAGGCGGGCGAGAUGUUGUUCUUCUCACUGUUCGGUUUGGUGGAGCCUGACUACAUGCCGCCCUUCUACAGCCACCCCGCGUGGAGCCAGACCCUCAUGAAGAUCGUGUUUGGGAUCUACCAGAUGGUGACGGUGGUGGUGCUCAUCAACCUCCUGAUUGCUAUGAUGUCCGACACCUACCAAAGGAUCCAGGCCAAGAGUGACACCGAAUGGAAGUUCGGCCUGGCCAAGCUGAUCCGGAACAUGAGUCGCACGUCCGGCACCCCCUCCCCCCUCAACCUCCUCGUCAAGUUCAUCGUGUACAUCAUCGCCAUAUUCAAGUUCCGAUGUAACCUCUGUUCGGAGAAGGCGAUGGACUAUAUGAGGACUGAAGGACGGACGGAGGACUCACAUAUGGCAGACCUGAAGACAGAGUUCGGAGGAGGAUGGAUAAAGAAGCUGAGGUCGCGCAGUAAAGCCAGCAUCACGCCGCAAAGUACAGAGAAUCUGAUUCCACUUAGCAGCAUGGAGGGGCCGCAAGGUGUUAGAAGGAUUGAAAAUGUUAUCAAGUGGAGUCGCGUUGUCAACCGCUACCGUAUAAUGCACCGCAAGGAGGUCCAGCCGGGCGAGAACACUGACGGCGACAACGACUUGCCCACCGACUCCAUAGAGGACCUGCAGGAGGAGGCGCUGCUCAACGGCACCAUUGAGCCCAACUCCACGCAGCCCUCCAACGCAUAGGGCACGGGGUGAACGUCUCUCCACAAGCAAUGUACCAUCUUCCACUUCUGUACGAGAAAAUUAGGGGCAAUAUUUUAAUUUAGUGACAAUCUGUAGUUUGUUGCAUUGUCGUCUUAAAUAAGUACCAUGUCGGGCCAUGGCGAACGGGUCUGCCUGCUAGCAACAAUGGGUUUGGGUGGCCUCUACGAGCUGAGACAUAAUGGCUUACUUUAAGAUCACCUGCGACUCAAACUUCAUUCCUGCCAAAUUUAGACACGACCUUCAAGUCUUUAGAUACUUUGUCACCUUGAAGGGCUGUCACUGCACAAACUAUUGUAAAAUAGUAUUAUAUAUACAAAGUUUACAGAACUUCAGGAAGAACAGACGUACUACGCAUCUUCUAAGUGUGGUAAUUAUAUUCCAUGAAAUGAGAGAAACUUAUUCUCAGCCAGCACAAACAAGUGUGACAUGCCGUUCCAUAUCGCGUAAUCAACUGAAACUUUUCUUUUUGUCUUUUUUAACAUUAAGUUUAAUCAGUUCGCGGUUGUUUUCCUCAAUUAUGAUAAUUGGUCACAAAGUCAGUAACCAAAUUAUUAGAAGUGUGUUUAGGAAAGCAGCGGAAGUAUUUGACUAGCAUCGUUGCUAUUUUAGUUCCCGUAUUUAUUAAUCAGACAACCGAGACACUGCGAGACUGCUGUGCCACGCUUGACAGGACAACACGCGCGUUGGACACAGGACGAGGUCAUUACCACUGCGGGAAAGUGGAUGUCAUAUGCAGUGGUUGGGAGCAGGAUAUUUUAAACUAAGUAAAACUUGUUUCAAAUUUGCCAUAUUUGCACUUCCUGAAGUACAGCGUCGGUCAGCUGGACAGUGGACACGGCGCACCGUCUGUGGUACACCGGGGCUGUGGCCAGCGAUACAGCUUUGCGAACCAAGAGAACUUGUAGGAGGUUAAUACUCUGUUAUAUAUAAUACACUCGCUUACCCACAUACCCAUCAACUCAUCAAGUCAUCUUCCCUGGAGACAAGGAAGGUCCAUAUCACCACGGAGUAACAUGCCAUCAUCCUUGUAUAUGAAGUUUCCAUAUGACAAAUAUUGUAUUAUUUAGUAUAAAACUACGAAUAUGAUCAUAGUUUCAGACAAAUCGUUAGUGAAAAUAGGAAGUUGAGUCGCAUUUGAGUAACACUGUGUGGCUAGGUAUCCUGCAGGCCUUGUUGAGAUAUUCCGAUGUAGCAGAGGCGCCCCGCGCGGCGGCCAGGCGUGCUGACGGCUGACGGCUGAUGAACUGCGGUGUAGGUCCACUGAUUAGGAUCACGUCGUAUUAGAACUUACGGAAA